AUGCGGGGUUGGCAUUUGAUUGCAUGGAAUCGAGCUUUUUUGAAGGGGAUCGAUGUCAGUCCCCAUGAACGACAGCACAGAAUGAAGGUCGAAAAGAAAAGGGCACGCAUAUUUAUCGUGAAGUUCUUCGCUUUGCUGACGAUCUGGUCUCCAGUCACAUCACAUACCAGCGUUGCCGCGGCUACCCGGGCGGGGUAUGAAUAUUUCGUUGAUGUUGCCGCCGCUGCUCCUCGCACCAGGUUCGUAGAUGGCUCCUAUAUUGCCGCGAAGGCUGCCGCCACCGCCGCCGACGUCGCUGCCCCCUCCUGCCUCGUUGUCGCCUCCUCCCAUUACAGGUACGUCGAUGCCGCCACCGCGGCUGCCCCCUUCCCUACCGGGUUCCCCUCUUGCUAUCGGUAUGUUGAUGCCGCCACCGCUACCGUCCCCUUGGGCGCCUGCUUCAUCGGCGCCUCCCCCUACCGUUAUACUUACGCCGCCCCAGCCGCCGCCGCCCCCUUCUGUUCCGUGUUCGUCGGUGCCGUCCGCAUCCGUUAUAGGUAUGUCGAUGCUGCCAACUCCGCUGCCCCCUCCUGCUCCAGGUUCGGUGCCGCCCUGUCCCAUGCCGGGUCCGUAGAUAGCGACGACAUUGCGGCCCCGUCCUGUGCCCUCACCGUAUCCAUAGACGGCGCCAACAUUGCCGCCGCCGCCGCCGCCGCCCACACCCGCUCCAUGGGUGACGUCCGGGCCCAGUUCAUAGAUGGCUCCGACGUUGCCUCCGCCCGCCGGGCCCAGUCCAUAGGUAGCGCCGAUGCUACCUCCGCCCGCCGGGCCUAGUCCAUAGGUAGCGCCGAUGCUGCCUCCGCCCGCCGGUCCCAGCCCAUACGUAGCGCCGAUGCUGCCGCCGCCUGCGCCAGGUCCAUAGAUGGCGCCGAUGCUGCUGCCGCCGCCUGCGCCAGGUCCAUAGAUGGCGCCGAUAUUGCCGCCUCCUGCGGCGCCAGGUGCGUAGGUGGCGCCGGUAUUGCCGCCUCCGGCGGCGCCAGGUGCGUAGGUGGCGCCGGUAUUGCCGCCUCCGGCGGCGCCAGGUGCGUAGGUGGCGCCAACGUUGCCCCCCCUCUGGCGUUGGAACGGUAGAUGCUGCCGACGUUGCCCCCCCCUCUGGCGUUGGAACGGUAGAUACCUCCAAUAUGGCCGCUGCCUUCCUCGCCGGGUCCGACGACGCCGCCGACUCUGCCGCCGCCUUCCUCGCCGGGUCCGAAGACGCCGCCAACCCUGCCGCCGCGGCCCGAGAUGUGGUCAGACAUGUCGCCACCCGGGUUCUCCUGCCGACAAAACAAAUUAUGAAGGCGCUAGGAGCAAUUGAUCACUUGAUCGAAGACCAAUACACAACAAUUUCCAGGCGUUGGUUGAUCGAUAUAUACAGGCUUCCGAUCAAGAAAUGGAAUAAGACCCUGGCCUUUACUUUUCGCUGCAAUGGUCCAAUGACGACGAGACAGUGGUUCCUUUUCUUCUUUUUUUUUGGUACAGCCGACGGUGGUUUCUUCGCGCGUAAGUAAAUUGACCUUUUUUUUAACAAAAAUGUAAAUCGAUGGCUUUGCUGAA